AUGCCGGGCCUCAAAGGAACCAACCUCUCUCAGGUCGAUGUAAACGACUUUGUCCAUUCCAUUGAAGGAAUUAGUGCCUCGUCAUUUCAGUUUGAUGGCGAUCGCAUUCAGGCUCUUGCGGCGGCGUACAGUCUGGUUAGUCGGCUGGAGACGCCAUGGGAUACAGUUGCGCGUCUGUGCAUGACCGAGCCUGCUCUGGGAGCAUCGCUGAAGGUUGCUCGCGACCUUCAUCUGUUCGAGAAAUGGUACCAACUGGGCGAUAAUGCUCCGCAAUCCGGCGAACAGCUCGCGAAAUUGGUCGGCUGUGAUCCAGUUUUGCUUCAGCGUAUUCUUCGUCACUUCACUUCCACCAAUGUGAUUCAAGAGGUCUCUCAUGGACAAUACAAACAAACCACCUUUAGCAAGUCCCUCAUCCAGCCCGUCUUCGGGGAGUGGAUUAAUUAUCUGUAUGACGCGACAAUUCCUUGCUUUCACAAGAUGCCCGAGUACCUGGCCAAAACCGGCUACAAGAACCCGGCCGACCCCAACGAUGGCAUCUUCCAGUACACCAAGGGUUUCAAGGGAUCCUUGUUUGAAUAUUAUGAUACUCACUCUACCGAGGGUGACUCUUUCAACAACGUUAUGGGCGGUGUUAUGGCCAACCAGGCCGGCAUGUUGGAUGUCUAUCCGUAUGAAAGCUUGACUGAUUCGCAGCCCAACGACUCCAAGACACCUCUUCUGGUGGACGUUGGUGGCAAUGUCGGCCACGAUAUUGAGAAAUUCCGUUCUCGUCACCCGGAAGUUGCGUCUCGGCUGGUGCUUCAAGAUCGCCCAGAUGUUGUGCGUCUUGCUAAAUGCCCGUCCACCGUUCAAAUCAUGGCUCAUGAUUUCUUCACCCCCCAGCCCGUGAAAGGAGCUCGCGCGUACUAUAUGCACGGUGUAAUCCACGACUGGUCCGACAAGCCAGCCCAAGACAUCCUGAUCCAUCUGCGAAAUGCAAUGACCCCAGGCUACAGCAAACUACUAGUGCAUGACCAUGUUCUACCUGAAGAUAACCCACAUCCCCAAGCGACAGCUUAUGAUCUGACUAUGAUGGUCAAGGUUUCUGCAUUUGAGCGAACCGAGUCGAUGUGGAAAAAUCUACUGGAGUCAGUCGGCUUCCGGAUGGUCAAGAUCUGGAGCUCGCCUGUGGCCACUCAAAGCGUGAUUGAAGCUGAGCUUGCUUGA